AAACCGUAUCGUGAAGCUCAAGGGUCGCCUGUGCUCUUCAAGGCACCUUUCAGAGACCGCGAAGGUGAGGCCAGCACCGGGUUUGGAUUCGCCAGCCUGCCGGAACGCUCGGAGUUCCGAGACAAACUUAAAAGGCAGUUGGACUGGACGGUCUACCAGUCCCGAGUCUAUCAGGCCAGUCUGAGGGAGAGGAAACGAUUCAACUGA